CCUCGAUAUUGAAAAAGUCAGGCUGCAGAGGAAAAGUGUAGAUCGUUCUAUUGAACUCUUGGUAAAAGAUCUUUGAGCCCAUAUUUAAUCAUGUUGCUGCUUCAUUAACAAGUGUCGAAAAAAAUUUUUGAUUAUUAAUCUAUGUCCGAGCCGCGUUGGUAUUUUCGUUCGAUAAUAGUGGAGACAAUCAACAUCUACAUCAAGAGUGUGAUGAUGAAUGUAAAGAUGGAAAUGAGAAGAUGACGCAAGAUGCCGGACGAUAUUAAUUGUCGGUUACCAGGUUGCAACACUUGAGUACCUUCACUCGUCCCUGAACCACGCAUCAUGUUCCAGCAACGUGCUUCGUCCGUUCGAGCCCUCUGCGGCUUGCAGGUGACGAACCUGCUCGCUGCCUUGCGCGCGAACCGAAAUUUCCAGCAGUCUUUGAUAGUCCCGCCAUGGGAGGAGACAGACGGUCUCAGCAAGCUGUUAAACCAUUUACGGCACAAACUGGCGACUGGCGACUACCUCACAGACUCCGAACUCUUUUAUCCGUUCUUGCAGGUACAACUUAUUACACUCUGAAGGUGAAGAUGACUGUGGUAGUAUCUAGCUGUCAGAAUUUUGAAGCUGUACAACUUCAGUUACAAAGUGGAAUUGAAGAGAACACCUCCAAUUUGAAAACAGGAAAGUUGUACUUAUUUGAAUUGACUCAGUAGACAGGAGGAUUCAUUUUGAGCAUCUUCGGAAUCCUCGUACUACAACAGGUUGUCCGCGCGAAAGAAGUCUCCGGCCUUGCAACGGGGAAAGCCUUAGAGGGGUUAUUGAAUAUGCUUCGGACACACAACUGGGACGCGUCUAUAUUACGCCAGGUUGCGGAAGGCGUCGAACAGUGCAAGUUUGAAGAAACCAUGAGGGUAUAAUUAUUGAUAUUUUUGUGAACAUAUCUUCCUGCCGCCAAAGCGAAAGCUAAUCAAUGGCUUCAUCGCUUUUGCUGGAUGAUUGAAGUAAGUACUGCCAUUUUUACAGGCGCAAAAAGAAAAAUGUUCUUUCAACAUUCUUUCAUAUUUAUUAAUAUACUGCCUCAUACAUCUUUUUUUCAGGACUUCGACGAGACAGUACUCGGCUUGUCCAUAGAAGUUUUCCGGCUUUGCGUCGAUCCAGUGAGGCAUACGGAUCCAGUGUCACGUUGUGCCGCGUGCGAGCUUGUGUUUGAUUGUCUUUUAUCGCGGUUCCACCCAGAUGCGACGGAGCGGCCACGCCAUACGCCCCUUCUACGACAAGCGAGCUUACGCGCCUUGCUGGACAUCGUUACAGACCCCUGUCCAGACUUUCUGCCAUACCAGGUGCAAUGGGGUUUAGCCUUCCUGAAGAACAAAACAGUAACCGACGAUGCCAAGUUGACCAUCGCUGUGGCGGCAAUCCGCACAGGAAUCGAAUACUACUGGUUCAAGAUGCAAGAGCAACGUACUACUACUUCGACUUAUAUGGAACAGUACAAUUACUAAUCUUCUUAGAAUUACUGUAUCUUAAGGUUUUUUCAGAAGUUUUUUCUCGCCUUGUUGAAUGCUCCUCAAUUGCUUUUUGAAGCAGCCCAAAGCGCUCGAUAUUAGCGUUCAGCGUCAACUUUGUUGUGAUGUUGAAUGGUCCCUGAAAUUCCUGAAAUGAAUGAAGAACAAGCUCUUAAGGAAUAAAUCCAUCCACUUAAAAAUACACAAUUUUCAGCCUCCACAAGUUCUGGUCCGAGUAACGGCUCUAUCGUACGCAGUUCCGGUGGUACCGCUUUGCUUCCAGGCACUGAGGAUUACAUGCGGAAGAUUCCUCUCGGACUUCUGAAUGCGCUAUACACCCACUCCAGUGCCGCCGUGUUGGGUGCUUUGUUACCGCUAGUGAAUAGACUGCUUGCGAUUGGAAUGGCUUGUGGAAAUGCAUUGUGGGUAGAGGCGGUGAUGAGCGGGUGUUAUCUGCGCAUUCUACAAGAUCAUCAGAAGGCGGUCGCAGUCGCCGCAGCUGCUGCAGCGGCCCCGAAAAAUGGAGCAGCUCCGGCUCCUGCGCCGGGCUCUGUGGGAACCGGAACGCUGCUGAGUGCGGAAGCUUUAGUAGUACUUUUAGAGUACUUGGAGGAGGCGUUCAGCGCAAAUCCAAGUUUACCAGCGGUUCUGCACUCAGCGUCGGACGCGUGCUACUACAAACAGCAAUCAUGCCUGGAACUUACGAAGUCUCUCGCGCAGCUUUGCUCCUCGCUUGAUACAGUGCAGGGACCGUUGCCAGGACAAAGGGGACAGCGAUUGUACUUUUUAAUAUAUAAUCAUACGCUGGUGCAAGUGCAACUGCAAGCGAAUGGUUAUAUAUUUAUAAAUAUAAGUAAUUGUCUUUAUCUUCCCGGAUAGGAUCGCAAAAUGUAUGCUCAUAAAUAGAUUUCAAAUUCAAUUUGAAUUCAAAUUAAUUCAGGUCUCGCGCUGCCGGGUUUGCUGUUCUUGGUUUGUAUUAUAUCCUGAAGGCGCACGCGGAGCUGCCGACGCAGCUUGAAACUGAUAGGCGGCGGGAAAUUUUGCUGUCUUGCAUCCAGAAGUUUCAGGAAAAGCCGAAGAAGGCACGGCAGAUCUUCGAACCGGUAUUUGCUUUUCUGCCAGAUGUCCCAACUCCGCCUCACGCAAAAACCGAAGACUUGCCGACCGAGUACGAGCCUUGGGCUGUUAAGCUAGCUUGGUUGUUCAAGAAUUCGCCCUUGAUGCCGUUUGAAGCGUUAGGCGAGUUUUUUGGGGGAAAUCACGGUGAUUCCACGCAUUGUUUUGCAGUUUUCUGUGCGCAGUUCGACAUGGCGGACAUGGGUUUAGAUGUGGCGAUGCGAAUUCUUCUACAGACCUUCCGUCUUCCGAAAGAGGCGCAACAGAUUGAUCGCUUGAUGAAGAUUUUCUCGCACACUUUCUACGCCCGCAACCACCUCGAGGAGGGUGAAGAAACAACCGCAGCAGGGACGACUGAUUUGAACGCGUCUGUGGCCUCUACCGAGGCGUCCACAGUUGUUGCGGCAGGAGAUCAACAAAAUGCAUCUGUUGAUAGAGCAGAAGGCACAGCGUCGAAUGCGGAACAGGCGGACGAUAGCGCUGCUGAGAGCAAGCCACCUCACAGUUUCAAGGGCUAUUACAACGCUGCGGACGCGUGCUUUACCUUGGCGUUUUCCGUGAUUAUGCUGAAUGUGGAUCAGUACAACAAACAAGUGAAACACCCUAUGGAGCAGAAAGACUUUAUUAGGAAUCUGCGGAAAUGCAAUGAGGGCGAGGACUUUGACGAGAAGCUUUUGAAAGACAUUUUCAACCGUAUCCGUGAGUCUGAGAUCCGAACGCCGGAAACGGGUGGCUUCGAUUCGGAGCUAAUGGCGGGUCGCUGGAACCAUAUUUUUCUGAAGGACACGCUGAACUACCCACAGAGCACCUCCGAGUCGCGUGCAAACCUGCAAGGUCCGGUUGGAGGGACCGCUGCGAGUGGGUUCUAUCUGCCUUCACAAGCAGAGGCGGGCAAUGGAGCAUCUGCCGGUGGUGGACCGUUGCCGAUUGUUUUUAGUCCGUCGGCACCCAAAAUGCUCCUUUCACACGCGGCGAACAUGUUCGCAUUGCGUCCCAUCCACCGCUUAGGCUUCCUGAAUCACUGCGGGCGAGAAAUCUUUGAGGCUUUGGUCCGAGUCUUGAACAUGGAUCGUCUUGCUGCUUCGCCUGCGUUCUCCUGUGUGGAAAAUCUAUGGCGCCUCGAAGACCUCGAGGACCGAAGCGAGUUUCUGUCAGGUGCGAAACCUAGCAGUUGUGUUCAGCUGCUCUUCUCAGAAGGUGUUCAAGUCUUCCGCAACAGCUUUGGGGACUUGGCGGGAGGAGGCGCCUCGUCCGCCGCGGCGCAACAGGCUCCGCCGGCAGAACAACUGCUUGCGCUUAACAAGAGACCGAUUAAGUGCCUUCGUGUGCUCUUCAAUUUCGUGGCUUUGCACCCGAAUCGAAUGGUGCAGGACAGCAGUUUCGUGCUGAUCUGUAUCCUGUUUGCACUGUAUUCUUGCUGGGAGGAGCCGCAGAUCCCGCUGUAUGAUCCAAUGCUCAUUCCGGCAGGAAGCAGCGGCGGCGCUGCAGGCUCGGGAGGCGGGAAUGGAGCGAACAAUCAAGGUUCUGCCAACCAGCAGCAGUCAACACGUCGUCGCGCAUCGUCCAAUAUGCAGCAGACUGGAGCUGUAGCCGCGAAUGGAGGAGUGUCUGCCAGAGACGCUCGCGCCGCUUUACCGGCGACACCGACGCACCAACAGAAUGCCGCACCAUCGGGUUCAGGCGGCGAGCAGCUUCCAUCCACACCUCAGUUGCACACCCCGUUUUCGGUCGCUGCUGGACAGACCAGUGGAAACGGCGAGCAGUUGCUAGCGCGAUCCGCAUCCCUUCAAUCGAAUGGCGGCCCGACACAGUACGUACUCAAAGAGGACGAUAUCCGCGCGAUUGUGGAGCUUCCUGUGCACCACCCGGUGUGGGACACGUUCUUCGGUGUCGGCAAAGCACGAUUCCCGAUUGUGCAUGUCCCAGAGCAGAAGAGCGGCACGGGAUGGAUGUUCGAGAAAGUCACUGCAAUGCUGAGCGUCAUGGCUGAGGAGCAAGACGGAGCAAAGUCAGGCGAUCCGGAUGAACCGCAUUACGACAGCGAUCUAGACAUCUUCACUUUGGAUCGCGGUGCGACUGCAGACAGAAUGAGCACAGCGUACAUGCUGCGGUCCUCUUCGACAGGUUCGGCAGGAAGUGGCGGCGCUGCAGUCGCGGCUCCACCAAGCAGUGGACCGUCAGCCGCUGCCGGAGGGCCAAGUGAAGUGCCGCAGAGUGGAGUCACUGGCGUGUCUCAGCAUGUGCCGCCAUCUGCAGGAACUCCUGAUCUAGCUGGUGUCAGUGCCUACCCGCCAAGCAGUCCAGAGCGAAUGCCGGUCCCACGACUGUCGAGCACGAUGUCGGCACCCGGCAGCGGUACCGCUGCAACCAAUAGUGCGCGCGGCCCUGUGCGGAAGUCUCAAGUAGGAGGCGCUGCCGCCAAGAUCCAGGAUCCGCUGCGUCCUAUUAUCGAAAAAGCGUUCCACAAAUGUGACCCGUUUAACGUGUUAGCAAAGCUAAACCUGAAGCAGCUCAACCUUCUGGCAACGAGCAUUUUCCUAGCCAUGCUGCACACCCUUCGCUCAUCCACUGGGCCUCAACGAGCACCAGAAAGCGGAUCACAGCCGGGCAGUGCGGCAGGUCCAGCUGGCGCUACAAGGCUCUCCUCUGUCAAUGGUGGUGUCACAGCACCAUCGUCAGGGGGAGGUGCUAUUGAGGGCAUUAGCGGCUCGCCGCCAGCACCGUCAAGCGGAUCUCCUUCGGAUUCGGACGCCCUCGUUGUAAGACCGUUCCAACCGCCAUCAUCGCUCUCGAGCGUCGCCAUCGGGGAUGGAUUUGAGGUGUUGAGGUUCGCGCUACGCUUAUGCGCCAAAGUUGCUCAUGCGCCAAUACCACAGCUUCGCGCAGCAGGCAAAGCAGUACUUGAAACACUUCUCUGUGCAGCAUGCAGCUCGGUUAUCGGGACUGGUGCUACUGGAGGUAUUUCAGCUUUGUUAGACUCUUUCCAGCUUCUUCAAUGCGUCAAGUGCCUACUUACCAAGACUAAUUGUAAUAAAAAACUAACUACAACGGUCACUCAUUCUGAAAAUGAAAUGUUCAAACAGCCGGCGCCUCCUCAGUUGCAACGCAGGAUAAGAUUAGUGUGCGGACAGCCGCGCUUGCGCUAGUGGCUGUUUUUCGGUUCAGAGAGUUAUGGGGCCGAAAUGCGGUUGCGGAGAUCGUGUCGCAGUUCCUUGAGCGCAUCGAGACCGAGAAAAAGCUGUUUGUGCAGCUUUCGAUGGUCGCGUGCAACGCGGUCCAUUGCUACUUCUCAAGCGUGCGCAUGGAGGACAUCCACACACUGUUUCAGUCGAGUGAAGAAGUUACUCUCGUUUUCCGGUUGCUGCGAGCAGGAUAUCCGGGAGCGGAGAUGCAGACCAAAGGUCUGAAAACGGAGAAAAUCGUGGAAACCAUGAUGUUGCUGUUCCACCCAACGAUUUUGCCGACCCUAGGCCUGCAACCAUACGCGCAGUGUCUUGCUGAGAUUCCUUCGGAGAGUCCCGAGCACAUGUGCCGUCUUCUGUUGGCGCUUCUGCGCAUGCUGUCCUCUCACGUCGUUGGCGCAGGAGACGGGGUUUCCUCUCAGCAAACUGCCGAAGGCACCGUGGAGUUACUCGCGCAAAUCUGGUCGCGCACCUUGAUUGCGCUCUGUCAGCACCUGGCGCACUUUCAGAUUGCCAUCAAGCAGGCCGCACAAGGCGGCGGCAAUGCGAAUGCCAGUGCCGUCGCGGCGCAGCAUCAGACGCUCCUGAAGCUCCUCCUAGAGGUCCAGGAAGCCAUCCUGGCCGAGCCGGUAGCGCAGUAUACGCCAUUUACUGGUAUCGCCGUCGUUGAAAAGCUAGUUGCGUUUUUGACCUCCAUCUGCACGCAACAAGCCCCUAAAAACUUCCUUACCCUGGCCUUGAAUAUCGCGAGCAAGUUCUUCCUGGUGAAUCUGAAGCACCUGCAGAGCCAACCGCGAUUCGACCAGAGUUGGUUGAUGGUUUUGCGCUUGAUUCUCGUUCUUCACAAGUUUGGUCGGGACACGCGCGACGAAGUUUUGGCGGAACUAAGUCUAGAAACUCUAAAAAACACGAUCCGAGUCAUGCUGGAGAGCGGUCUUUUGAAGUUCGACGUCAGCGGGUCGGAAGCCAAAGAGCCUGCGGGGAAAGAAGGCAGUAAAAACCCAGCCGUGUGGUGGCGUGUUACGUGGGAGAAUAUUGAAAACUUGUGUCCAGGUUUCAGAAAGCAGAUGCAAGAAGAACAGUCGGCUUUUGAAGAGCAUGUAACCAGGCGUCGCGAGACGUCGCAAGAGCCGAAUCGUAGAGCUGGAGCGCAGCAAGACACGCCAAACGCAGAGCAGGCCACGGCAUCACCUAGGAACAGAGGAGCGACUGCGUCAAGCAACAAUGCUGCAGCUGCUGGUCCACCGGCACAAGCUACACCUGGUUCUUCCUCGUUGUCCGCGCCACGACCAGCUUUCGAUCCUAGUAGCAGAGUUUCGGCGCCGGGAAGUAACGCAGCGCCGGGAAGUAACGCAGCCGAGUUCUCCUCUUCAAGUAACAGCAUGUCGUCUGCCUCCACCGCCAACACGCUAACAACCGCGGCGUCAUCUGGAACCGCCCCGUCUUCAUCCGAUCGUCACCACGCCUCUCAGCCGACCUCUGCGGCUACCCCCUACUUCGGCUCACACACGAGUAACGACGACCAUUCCUCUGCGGGAGGAUCGCUUGAGGUGCCUGCACCUGCAGUAGCUUCCCAGGCUGCUGACAGUUUCGUGGUCGUCCCGAGAAACCUCGUUGCCCCAGCCCAUAGUCCUUCCUCGCCCAGCGGACCCGUGCCCGUCCAGCAGUCCUCGGACGAACCACGAACAUCACCCACGGCACACCAAGUGCCUCUUCCAGCGCCGAGCGUUCAACAUCCAAGUGCCGGGGCACCUUCGUCACCGAGUAAUGCUCCAAGUGUCCACGUACCGCACCCACCUCCCAAGGCGGAUCCGGCAAUGCUGGCAGCAACGGUAACACACGACUCUGAGUCCGGCUAUAAUGUGGUGCACAUGCAACCGCCACGACCACCAGCACCAGGUCACGAGGCCACUCCAGACCUGAGCUAG